AUGCACCAUAAACUCAAAAAUGCAGUGCUAGCCGCUUUGGUGGAAGACUCGACCGUACUUGCUCGAUUGGCUGAACUUGGGAUGGCAGAGCUACGAUAUUUGGACGCCCACCACAUAAACGAAGCAUGUAUUCCCAGUAUUCUUGUCAUCGACGUUUUGCGUCAUGCAGUUGAGUUCUCCAUGCACACUUCAGAGCCGUUAGAAGCCUUUGUUGCUCCAAUUCAUCUCGUUUUGGGCACAAUUUGUGCGUCAAUCAACUACCACCAGCACCUGUCUACUAUAUUAGAAUUUGCUGCGCGCGGCUGUUUUAGUGACAGUGACUCCGAUGAUGGUGAAACCGAGGAUGGAGACUUUGCAUUGCAUUCUCAUUCCAGCGAAAAAGAUGAUUCGAGUAUGCCUUUGAAACGUAAUGCUCCACCUGCUCAAAGUACCUUGUUCAUGGGAAUAACGCUUCCAGCAAUCAGCUGUUCGCCCAGCUCCGGCAAGACUAUUGUAAACUAUCGACCGCUAGCAUCAACUUUGCUUGUUAUGCACGUGGUGGAGUUGCUGGAUGUAGUUAUACUAAUGUCAAACGAUCGCAUCGACAGCCGUUUGACUCGGCUAGAUAUCGCAACGUCACUGAUGCAGAUUUUUGAAAAGUUUCCUACAGCCAGCAUACUGCAUUGUCGACUAGUAAAGCUGUACUUGAAUCUGUUGAACCGACCUUCUUCAAACGGGCGCGUGAACAAUCCGCUUUUGCGAAGUAUUUUCCGCUCACCUGAUUCGAUUUUAGAGUUUAUCAUAAGCAAGCUCGACACGAACACUUCGGCUCACGUGUAUGAUGCUCAUUUGGCCAUCAUUGGAGUAAAGAUUGCAACGAUUUGCAGCUCGGCUACGCUUCAGCAGGAACUUAUUCGUCAGUUCUGUAACAAUGUGAAAGGCUGGAACGAUUUUGCCUCAUCGCUCGUCGCUACUCAUUACGAGCAGAUGGACGUGUUGAACGAUUCACUACUUGGUUUGCAAGUUUCGGCCAGUGGGGCCCCGAGUGGAGGCGCAAGCAAACGAAAGACGAAUGAAGAUAACGCAGACAGAGGCUUCCUACUUGCUCGGCCGUCUUCCUCUGCGAGUGAGUAUCUAUCACGCGAGUUGGAUCCAUUUCGACGACUUCCAAUGGAGAAAGAAGGUUUUGGAUCGUCACAAAAUUUGGCUCGCGGAAAUGAGGCGGUGCAUCCCAGCGAUAUGUUCCAGAGCCGGUUACAAAGCAAAUUUCCCAAACCCAUUAUUGAUAUUUUGCAGUCAGAUGCAUCGACAUCAUCUGAUGUUGAAGAAGAUGAUUGCUUUGUCAGCGGGUAUGCUUACCAGAAGCACUCUAGGUGGGCGAAAGUGUAUCUAAGGUUUGACAAGGCCACUUGCCAACUGACUUUGCAGCAUGUCUCAGUCGAACUAUCUCAACCACCGAGCAGCGGGGCAUCGAAAUCAACUUCCCAAACGAAGGUGUCGCGUUUUCAACAACUGCUGAUGGCACACAAGCAGGCAUGGACAUCACGGCCCAAACGUUUUGUGGUAUGCAAUGCCCGAAGAUGGAUUGUUUUUCGCCGAGGCAUAAAGAAACGGAACCGCGGUGCUUUUGGUUUUCAGAUCGAGGUAUUCGAUAGUCACCGAGAAGAAGAUGAAACGCUGACUUUCGUGACAGGAUCAGAUGUUUCAAGAACGAGGUGGGUUGAGGUUAUGCAGUCCGCUGUCACAAGGACAUGGACGUCGCGUAACGGCUCUAAUGACAUCAAUGAAGCUUUUAAUUUAAGGCUGGUCGAGUGUGUAGCAAAGAACUGUGAUGGACCGUAUUUGGUCGUACCAGAUGUCAACUUGCUGGGGCCAAUGACGUCUGCCAGUUUCUUGUUAAAAUCGGUGGUGCCUGAGGAGGUGCCUUUCUGGGGAACAUACCACGGUGACCAGGGCAUAAGUAAAUACGCAUCAUUAUUGAAUCAGUGCCUGGAUGUUGUUCUCGUUGAAGAGAAAAACAUUGAAGCGAUUGGGUUCUCGGUGACAGUAGAGUUCGAUGCUACAUUCCGCAGAUCGGAAAAUAACGAUGUUUCCGUCGACAUGGAACCCCCCUCAGUCAAGUGUUCUUGCACGGACACGUAUUUGAUUAAUGGCAAUCAAAUUAUUGGUUUGACACGAACAAUCGCUGACUCUGAAAAGUUGUUGCAGCUUCUUUGUGAUGAACAGCUUGAGUAA